AUGAACGACUAUAAUCAAUCAUUUUCAAUGGAUAACAACGACUAAACUCGUAGUCCUGAUUACAAGCAAUCAAAUGCAAAUAAUGACAUAUCAGAAUUUACCGAAGUCUUUUCAUGGGGUUCAGAUAAGAAUGGACAACUAGGACUUGGCAAGCAAGUCUCAUAGUAGAAGCAGUAUCAUAUGGUUCCUCGUUUUUGCAGCUACAACAUACCAAUUAUUCAGGUUGCUUGUGGACAAUUUCAUUCAGUGUUCAUUACAAGUAAUCAAUUGAUUUACUCUAUGGGAUCCAACAGCAAAGGCCAAUUAGGUAUUGAUGAUCCAUAUACAGACUAAAAGUCAUCUCCAGUUUUAAUUGAAGCCUUAGUCAAGCAAUAACCUGUUCAGUUGUCCUGCGGCAAGAAUCAUACCGUUGCUUUAAUGAGAAAUGGUAAUGUAUAUUCUUGGGGAGCUAAUGAUAACGGCUAAUGCGGUACUGGAUCUACACCAUUUCACAGUAUAGUUCAUUGGACUCCAAAGCAAGUUACAUUUGAAGAUUAUUAGAGUCAUUUUAUUCAGAGUGUCAAUUGUGGUGCCAAUCAUUCUGGUUUUGUUGAUGAUAUUGGUAGACUUUAUAUGUGCGGCAAAGGAGACUAAGGCUAACUUGGAAACUCUGGGUAUAAUGAUGAGCUAGCGCCGCUUUUUAUUAAUAAAAUACCUGACAAGGUUUAAGAAGUAGCUUGCGGUGAAGAACAUACUGUUGUGCUAACCAGAUAAGGAGAAAUAUAUGUUACAGGUUCCAACUUAAAAGGCCAACUAGGCACUGGCCCACCUUCAAGAGGAUCAAACACUCCAAUUUAACUAGUCGAGUUGAAUUUCAUUAGAAUGACAAGAAUCAGAGCUGGUGUGUUCUCUGCAUCGCUUUCAGUUGACAAUCAAUUAUAUCUCUGGGGUUGUGGAACAUUUGGAGAAUUCUACACUCCUCAUAGAGUCAAGAGUGUAGCUGCUCUAGAAAUUGCAGACUUUGAGAUUGGCAAGAGUGGAUUUAUGGCUAUCUUAACUAGACAAGGAUCUAUUUACACUUGGGGUACAAAUGAUCUGGGGUAACUUGGACAUCGAGAUUGCAUUUAAAGAUCGACACCCCAUAGAAUUGAAGCACUUGAUGGGAAAAGAGUGACCUCACUAGCUUGUGGCUAAGAUUAUGUAAUAGCACUAGGUUUGACUUUGCCUUAAAAAGAUCUCUAAAAGUCUAAAGAGAGAUACAAGUAGAGCAGUUAAAAAGCUUAAAGAGAAAAUAGCUCAUCAAGAGGUAGACUGACUAAUUUGCCAAACAAAAAUGAUUACGACACUGUCAAUUCAGCAGCUGAUAGAUUACCUCUUAGAAAAUCAGCCUAAAAGCAUUCAAAUAAAACUUCUCAAAGAUAGAUGUCCAAGUCAAACUUAAAACAAAAUCCUAAAUUAUCAACAAUCACCAAAGGUUAACCUGAUAUUUAUGCUUCAGAUUUGAACAAUAGUUAUACUCCAUUAAGACAAUCUCCUGGAAAGGGCUAUUCAACUAACAAAUCAAAUAGACAUCUCCAGAAAUCAUAAUCACCAAUUGACAAUCCAUAAAGGCGUCCCAGAUCUAGAGUACCCCAAUCUUCUGAAAUGAACAUCAGUCAGAAUAAUAUAACUACCAUUGAGUAUAAGCCACCCAGUUUGCUUCAUGAGCAAGUAGUCAACUCCUUGAGAAGAGAGAAGGAAUCUUUAUCACUAGCAUUGGGUACUGAGAUAAACAACAGAAGAGUGGUUGAAAGUGAGAAUGAACAGUUGAGAAGGCAAUGUAUAGAUCUUGAGAGAGAGUUAAGAGACCUGCGAAUGAGCAGAGAGAGUCUAGAGCAAGACUUGAAGAAUAAUGUGCAAAGGUCUAAUGUAGAGUUCUAAACUCUCAAAGACUCUAAUCACAGACUUAUAAUAGAAAACGAUGAACUCAAGAAGAACCAAUAUGAUGUUGAGCAGCUGAAUAUGAGGUUAAGAGGAGACUUUGAAGAUCAGGUUAGGAAGUCUGAUUACCUUAAGGUUGAUUUGGAGAAGGCAAGGGAUGAUCUACACAAAGAAUCUCAAAGAUAUGAAGAUCUUAAGAAGGAGUUAUGGCACAAUAUAGAAUUGAAGAACAAGAGUGAAAAUGCAUUGUCUGAUUUAGCAGAUGAGGUAGAUAAGUUCAAGGCAACUCUUAAUGACUAAAAGGCUUUGGAGAUGCAGGAAAGGCAAUCUUUUAGUUCUCAACUUAAGGAUCUGAAGUAUUAGAAUGAUUAGUACUAUCAUUAAACUCAAAUGAAGCAGGAGGAGAUUUCAAGGCUAAACCAAGAGAUUCUUUAGUUUAGAGACUUAGUAGAUAGACUGAAUAACGAGGGCGAUGAACAUAAAAGAAUCAUUGAAGACUUGGAGGAGAAAAACAGAAAGUUGGUGGACAGAUUGAAUGAUCAGAUAUACUAGAAGGCCACAGAGUACAAGGAAAGAACACUGCAAGCAUUGCAGAGAAGUGAAUCUCCUACUAAACUUAGAAGAGUGCUCAAUGGAGGACAAAUACCAAUAAGUGAUCAGAGAUUGAAUAGAGUGCUUCAAGAUGAAAACAGACCACCUUAGGACACUUCAGCUAAGAAAAGAGGAACAAGUCCACUCAGAAUGCAAACCAUUGAUCCCUCAAACCGUGGAGUUGCGAAUUACAACAUGGUCAAAGAACUUGAAAAAUUGGAAGCCUUAGGCCCUAAUAAGAUCAAUUAAUCCUACCACAAUCAGAGUCAGGAUCCAAAGAUAACUCUUGAGCAGCCCUCUACUCAGCUGGCUAGAAGCUUCUAUUAAAAUACAAACCCCUUGAAUCAAAGCACUCUUACUUAAGACUAUUCACCACUCAGACAAGGUCGCAGAUCUCCUCUAAAGGAAUCAAGCCAUAAUAACCCUACAUUAAGUGUAAACAGAGGUGGAGGAGAUGUUAGAGAUAGAAGUGAGCUAAUCGACUAGAACUACAGGAAAGUAAGAGAGAGCUGCGAAAGAAUAGCUAAUGUUUUGGGAAUCAAUGCCAUGCCUUAUCUGAAUAACACCCUUUCUGAAAACAGCCAUGAAAUACCCAAUCAUCUAGGAACCUCUUAGUUUACUGCCCCACAAGGCAAUACUGCAGGCAAACUAAAUAAUUCGCAAUUAUCUCCUAAUUAAAACUAGAAUAGUGACUUCUUCUCUCCUAAUAAGAGAGAGGUUGAUACUUCAACCCGUGGAACUAACUUCUACUAAGGCUAGCAACCACAGACUAGAAGUGUGAUUGAUGAAACUUAAAACAGAGACAUGAGCUUUGGAGGCAAAACUGAUUCUAUUUUUAACAGAAGUGACAUCUCAAAUACCCCAGCAUAAAACAAGAUGGCAGACCAACAAACGGUAAAUCCACAAAUUGGUACUCACUUUGCAUCGGUAUGA